UUUUUUUUGGUCAUGGAAUUGACCAAAAUGUCGGACAUGACAAAGCUCCACCAAGCUGUGGCUGCAGGAGACUACAAUUUAGUGAGAAAGAUUUUGAAAAAAGGUCUCUGUGACCCAAACUACAAGGAUGUGGACUGGAAUGACCGAACCCCACUUCACUGGGCUGCAAUCAAAGGGCACAUGGAGGUGAUGCAGCUCCUUCUAGAAUAUGGAGCCAGGCCCUGCCUGGUAACUGAUGUGGGCUGGACCCCAGCUCAUUUUGCAGCCGAGUCAGGCCACGUGAAUGUGCUCAAAGUUCUCCAUGCAUUGCACGCCGCCAUCGACGCCCCCGACUUCUUUGGAGACACGCCAAAGAGGAUCGCACAGAUCUACGGGCAGACCGCCUGUGUGGCGUUCCUGGAGAAGGCUGAACCCGAGUGCCGGGACCACCGGCGCACCGCCAGGCAGAAGGGGCUGCCUCUGGACCAGCAGGACGAAGACUGGGAUGCCAAGAAAAGGGAGCUGGAGCUGUCUCUCCCUUCCUCAAAUCAAAACACCAACAAGAAAAAGAAUAAGGCAAUCCGGGGCCCCACCAGGCCGGGCCAUCCGAAGGAGAGAAGAGCGUGAGAAGGAGAGCAUCCUCGGCAGCUCUAGCAC